UCAAGGAAAUGCUGUAUGCAGCUCAGGACCAGGCCCCUUCCAUAGAAGUUACAGAUGAAGACACGGUGAAGAGGUAUUUUGCCAAGUUUGAAGAGAAGUUCUUCCAAACCUGUGAGAAAGAACUUGCCAAAAUUAACACUUUCUAUUCAGAAAAGCUUGCAGAAGCUCAGCGCAGGUCCGCUACCCUUCAGAAUGAACUACAAUCAACCUUGGAUGCGCAGAGGGAAGCUAGUGGAAUUUCCACACUGCGGCAACGUAGAAAGCCAGUCUUCCACCUGUCCCAUGAGGAGCGUGUCCAACACAGGAACAUCAAAGACCUGAAAUUGGCCUUCAGCGAGUUCUACCUCAGCCUCAUCUUACUGCAGAACUAUCAGAACCUGAAUUUCACAGGGUUCCGUAAGAUCCUGAAGAAGCAUGACAAGAUUCUGGAGACAACACGUGGUGCAGACUGGCGGGUGGCCCAUGUGGAAGUGGCACCAUUCUACACUUGCAAGAAAAUCAACCAGCUCAUCUCUGAGACAGAGACAGUGGUGACCAAUGAGUUAGAGGAUGGAGAUAGACAGAAGGCCAUGAAGCGUCUGCGAGUCCCACCCUUGGGAGCAGCCCAGCCUGCACCAGCAUGGACUACCUUCAGGGUCGGCUUAUUCUGUGGAAUAUUCAUUGUGCUGAAUAUUACUGUUAUUCUUUCAGGUGUGGUUUUUAUAGAUGGACCAAAUGUGUGGCCACUGGUGAGAAUCUAUCGAGGUGGCUUUCUCCUGAUAGAAUUCCUUUUUCUCCUGGGCAUCAACACAUAUGGCUGGAGACAGGCUGGAGUGAACCAUGUCCUCAUCUUUGAACUCAAUCCUCGUAGCAAUUUGUCCCAUCAGCAUCUCUUUGAGAUUGCUGGAUUCCUUGGGGUAUUGUGGUGCCUGAGCCUGCUGGCAUGUAUAUUUGGUAAAUUCACCUAUAUCCCUAUGCAGGUGAACCCACUCAUCUUGUACGGAUUUAUGUUGCUUUUUCUCAUCAAUCCCACCAAAACCUUGUACUACAAGUCCCGGUUUUGGCUGCUCAAACUGUUGUUCCGGGUAUUCACAGCUCCCUUCCAUAAGGUAGGCUUUGCAGAUUUCUGGCUGGCCGAUCAGCUCAACAGCCUAGCUGUGAUACUUAUGGACCUCGAAUACAUGAUCUGUUUCUACAGCUUUGAACUGCAGUGGAAUAACAAUGCUGGACUUGUGGCUGUCACAGAGCGCAAGAUUUGUAACAGCUACUCCUACGGAGUGCGAGCAGUUGUCCAGUGUAUCCCUGCUUGGUUGCGAUUCAUCCAGUGCCUGCGCCGUUAUCGUGACACCAAACGGGCCUUUCCUCAUCUGGUUAAUGCUGGCAAAUAUUCUACCACGUUCUUCAUGGUGACGUUUGCAGCCCUCUACAGCACUCACAAAGCACAAAACCACAGUGACACCCAAGUGUUCUUCUACCUGUGGAUUGUCUUCUAUUUCAUCAGCUCCUGCUACACCCUCAUCUGGGACCUGAAGAUGGAUUGGGGACUCUUUGACAAGAACGCUGGCGAAAAUACCUUCCUUCGGGAAGAGAUUGUUUACCCACAGAAAGCGUAUUAUUAUUGUGCCAUUAUAGAAGACGUGAUCUUACGUUUUGCCUGGACCAUCCAGAUCUCUCUUACCUCCAUGCAAAUCUUUCCAUCUGCGGGGGACAUAAUCUCUACUGUCUUUGCACCACUUGAGGUUUUCCGCCGGUUUGUGUGGAAUUUCUUCCGUCUGGAAAAUGAGCAUCUGAACAACUGUGGUGAGUUCCGUGCUGUACGGGACAUCUCAGUGGCACCACUGAAUGCUGAUGAUCAGACAUUACUAGAGCAGAUGAUGGACCAGGAAGAGGGUGUCCGAAACCGCCAGAAGAACAAGCAGUGGAAGCGUAGCCAGAGUGUUUCCCUACGCCGACCUCGCCUUGCUUCACAGUCCAAGGCUCGUGACACUAAAGUACUGAUAGAGGACACAGAUGAUGAAGCAAACACAUGAAACAUCCACAGAGUCAUGUUCCACAUCCCUUGUUUUCUUGAUCUAUUACCCGUUUCCCCAACCAACCCAAUCUCUGGUACGGUUCCAGCUGAAAACAGGAGAAAACACUAAACACACUUUCCGAGCUCUUCCGGACCGGAUCCUAUGGACUCCAACAAGCUCACUGUGUUUCGUUUAGUUUCUUCUGGUUUAAUUUUGAUUUUCUAUUUUUAAAAUAAAUAUUUUACUUCAUUUUGCCAAUCAGAGGACAGUUCAGAAAAGAAGUAUCUACGGAUUGUUUACAAUCACAACAAGGACACACACAAAAAACCUAUCUGGUUGAAGAACAAGCAUCAUAGGGACUCCCUGAUGGGACACUACCGAGAACACACUUGGCUUCUGCUUGGCCCGGUUUUUACUGGUUGAAACCGGACUUGGGUUUUUAACUCUGAUUUUUUUGGGGUUUUUUUUUCCUUCAUAUCCAGUGCCAAGGCACUGGCUGCACUUGCAGGGAAAGUGCAUUUAGAGCAGUACCUUCAUUCACGAAGCUACUUUUUAAUUUGAUGUAACUUUUCAUAUUUUUUUUUAAAUAUGAUGUAUUUGUUGCAUAUAGUUUUCACAUUAUUUAUGAUACUUAACAACCAUAUGAGAAUGAUUUUGAGUCCUGUGCAAUGAAGGUUGUAAAAGUAAAAUGAGGCAGAGGGGUGUAGAUCUGGAUUUUUCAUGUGGGUUAUUCCCUGCAAAUACCUCUUCCAUGAGAUAAUUUGCUCCAGUUUGACCUUUUAUUCUAUUCUUUUCUCCUUUUAAGAAAUGUUCUUCUCAGUUUAGUUUUAUUUUAAACCAAAGUUUCUCUUUUGAAUUUUAGUUGCUGCUUCUGCGUCAGAAGCCUGGACAUGUCUCACAUGCCAGUUCAUCCUUGUCUUCCCAUGUGGCUGUGGGAAAACAGUGCAGAUGAUUCUGAGAACUUCUUGAAAGGAAAGUUACAAUAAAUCCUGCCAGGAGUCCAUAUACCCAGGCAAAAAACGGGUUUGUUCAGGUUAGGAGCUAUUUUAUCAAAGCCUUAAUCUUAAUGAGAUGAGGCUAGGGCACUGUUUACCCCUAUAUUAAACAGAGAGCUUUUCCAUUGUUCUGCUGCAGCUAGAUACAGAAAAACUGACAUUGAAUGAGAAGAGAAUCUGAUCUUGUGUGUGUGUGGGAGGACGGUUUGUUACAGGGAUAGUUCAGAGGUAGGUCACUUAGAGAACUGACACCCUGGAGCUUAUCAUGGGGCAAAGAGGGAUCUGUAUGUUGCCCAAAGGAUACAAAUCUUGGUCUUUUAAAUGCCAUUUUAAAUUGUACAGCUCACCUGGCAUCAACCAAAAGCGUGCUGCCCAGUUGCAUUUUCAGCCUGGUCAACAAUGACUUUAGCAGUGGGCCAGACUUUCACUGGAAGUAGACUAGGGUAAAGGGCAUCUUUACAACUUAGUGAAUUAAGUAGAAAUGAUGAUUCCAGCUUGAUAGAAAUAUAGCAUAUAUUGAUCUUCCCCACUUGGAAGAAAACAACGUGAAUGUUUGUUUGAGGACUGUGCACAGCACCAUUGGGGCUUUAGUGUUUGCAUAAAGCUUCAACAUGUAUUACUACUAAGCAUAACAUUACUUGUGCCCUACUCUGCUGCACUGAAGGCUAAUACCAAGGCCCUAGGGAAGCUACUUCAGUUUCCACUGACCCUUUUUCUGUCCCAAGGCUCAAGUUUCUCAGCAAUUGAAGUAUCUGAAUUCUUUUGGGAUAGGGCAUGGUCACCAUGACUAAUAUGCUGCUUCCUCGUUGUUAAUCACUCUUACGUGUAUCCUAAGUACUUUUAGACUAAUGGCACUGCCAGGGAGCUAACUGCACGCAUUUAUUCUGAGGGUUGAGUUGGAGGUGAAGCCCUUAACUAAGUCAGAUUAAUUUUUUACUUGUUUAUUUACAAUUAGAUGGUAGGAGUCUUCACUCAGUUGCUAUUAAGUUAUUUGUCUUUCAUUAGCCAAUCACACAGCUUAUUGCAUCUGGCUAAUGCAUUGCAUUUUCUUAGUUUGCCUGCUGUGCCUCUUGCCCAGAGGAACUAAAGAAGGAAAACUUAAUUGUAUUCAUAUAUUUUAAAUAGAGCAAAAUAACUUCUAUUUCAGUAGUAGUGAGCCAGUGCCCCUUGGCAGAGUAAGAGCUGCAUUACAAGUAUCUAAAGUAUUGCCAGCUUCACUGUGCAACCUGAACUUACCAAGGAGCUUUGUUUGAUGUCCCAGGAAAUGCCUAAGCAUUAUCAUUUGAUUUGCUGAAUAUGAUAAUGUCAUUAUGGUGGGUUGGAUGGUGUGUAUAUUGUGUUAAUCCUCCUGUGCAGCAGCUGGGGUUGGCUGGUAUUACAGGCCCAGUCCACUCCAAUGAAAGGGAAUCUGAACAAUGCAGACUAGCAUAGAAUUCUGUAGUUCACACUUUUGGUGCCCAGGAGUCUAGUUCCCCUCCACAGUAUUGACUGACUCAUGACCAUUGUUCUGACAGACAGAUGCAUCUGUUCAUCUGGAAGUGGAGUCUAUGAUGACGAAGCCCUGCAUUUCAGUGAUUUUUUUUUUUUUGUCCUUUAUUCAAAACCUUCUAUUCAGGUUAUAGCACACAGGGAGUAGAGCUCUCUUAUGUGGAAGGUAAUGAUGCACAGUGCUCUGGCAGUGAAUGGCUAGAAUGUCUUCAACAACUAAAACUCUCAGAGAAUAGUGAGGCCCUGUGUAUCAAUAGGCAAUUUAAAAGAAGUAGCAUCCCACCCAAAAGGCACAAUCAGAACUAAUGAUGCAUCAUUACUUAGCAAGUAUUGCUUUAAAAAUAAAUUGUGCUUACUGCAAUCUCUCCUCUGCGAAGCAAAUGAAAAUUAACUUUGCUAUAAUUACAGCAUCUGAAAAUAUUUUGUAAUGUGGUACAGAGGAAAUUUAAAGCAUCAUGGAACAGUUAAAGGAAACAAAACAUUCAGUAAUUUUGAGCUCAGCUAGCAGAACUGAAUGUUUGGGGAAGCUUACCUCAUAUCAGUGAGUGGCACUGUGUGAAAUGAUUAGAUUUACAGCUGGCAUUGAAGGAAGAAGCUAAGAACAGAGGUCUUGCUGGGUUUCCUUCAGUAGUGCAUCAAAAUCCACAAGGAGAGAACUCCCAAUGCUGUCUAGAUGUCCGUUCAUCUGCUUCUUCACCUGCUUUCUUUCCACUGUUCUGUUACAGAGCUCUCUACUAUUUCCCUGGUAAAAACAAAAACAAACAAAAAACCAACAAAAAACAAAAACAUUUUGGCAAUGAAGAUACCCUCUGCAGGGAAGGUACCUAGAACCCAAGUCAGCAUCCCUGAGUUCCCAGCAGCAUGGUUUUCAAGGUUGUUCAGUUUUCAAGAUUGCUGUUGCAUGGGCUUGUAUUCUGUGACUGCAGAGAUUUUGGAAGUUAGCUUUGAAGACUGGGAUGGUUUCAUGUCUAAAUGCAUAAUAUUUGGCCCAUUGAAUGAGAUCUAGUCAGGCAGAUCUAGCCAGGCAGCUGGUGACAGAAAUAUAGCUCUUCUAGUGAAUGUUCUGCGAAGUAAGAGUGAGGAAAUGACUUCUGUAAUGGUCAUUUGCACUGCUACUGUGGAAGGAAACAAGUAUUAUUAACAGAUCCAGAAUGUGGGGUGAGGGCAGAGCAGGAACUGGGUUUUUAAUUUGAUGGUUUGAACUACCCCAAGGAGGGAUGUUGGGACAGCUAGGAAACUGUUCCCAACUUCCAUAAGCAAAAGCUGGGAAAGGCCCAUGACUUGGUUAUCCUACAACCACCCUCCCUUGUCUCUGGUCAUGUUACACUCUAAUAGCAGCUGGAAUUGAGGCCUGACCAGAGUUCUCCUUUGUACUCAACUGAGUUAUAAGAGCAGGAAAGGGGUCUCCGAUUUGGCUUUUGGAUGAUCCCAUCCACAGAAGUACACAACAGUGUCACCUCUGAUUCUUGCUUGGAGGCUCCCUAUACUCUUGGAGUUCAGAGUCCAGAUUGUCCAAACUUAUCUCUAGCUAAAGGUGGCUUCUUCCCUCCAAAAUUUUGUAGGGCUAUGUUGGUUAAGCAGAUCCAUUCCCAAAAUGCAAGAGAUUCAUUACAGACAGUCUACACACGUCUGAUUACCUGGAUGCUUCCUUCAGCAUCUGGCUGUACUUCAUUAAAAUGAAAUUUUGAUCCUUGUCAAAAUGUUCAUCCUAAAUCCCAGGUCUUUCCUACUUAGCUUUAAGGAAGAGCAGGAUCCCUAUCCUGGGGGUCCAUAAACAGAUGUGAUCUGAGAGGCAGGAUGAAGUUGGUGGUGAGGGAGUUAGGAAGGAAAUGGAUUUUAUUCAUGGGGCAGGCUAUAGAUUUACAGAGCCUGACUCGGCAAAUAAAAGCCAAAAUGCCCAGAGGCUCUUUAUUAACUGUAAUUGGUUUGAAAUGAGAAUGACUGUCACUCUAAUUUCCAUGGUUGCAGCCUGAAUGCCCCUGCAUUUGAAAAUACAGAUAUAGCUGAGGCAAACUUUGCCUGCCCUAUACCUUCAUCCAUACCAGCUCCUCUGUUCACUGUUAUUGUCUCGAAUGCUCAUAGGAGGGUACUGACAAUAAAGGUCUUGAAGAGGCAAGACAUGGCCAUUUGGAACUAGGGACAAAUCUUUAUUGUAGAUCAGGAAGAUUGAUCCUCAUCCUUUGGGAAAAAAAAAAAGAAGAAAAAAAAAGAAAGCUCUUCUUGCUACCAUUCUGUUUACCUUUUUACAUGUUGGUUCGUCUAACUUUCAGUAGCCUUUCACUGCUAUUCACACUACAGGCCCAAAGAAACAAAUUCUUUUCUCCCUCGCUCAUGUCUAAUCAGCUUCUUGUGUCCAGCAUGUCUUCUCCAACAUGUCUCAAUGUAAACCUCCUCAAUUUACCCUUCAGUCUUUGUUUCUGGCCUGACACCUGCACAUCAAGGGGAGAGGAAGAGUGCAUUGGGCUUUGUAGCAUUUGGCUUUGCCAAUCUUGACGCCUUUGCAUCCAAGAUCACAAAACAUCGCAACAAUGUUUCUAUAGAGGGAGAUGGAGGUUGUAGUUGCCCCUGAGCCAGGUUCACAGGGAGCUGAAGAUCCCUUUUUAUUGCAAAACUCCAAGAAGUGAUGGAGACAAGGGCCAACUUUUUCAAAUGUGAUUCAGCUACCCACCUUAAGGCAUUUCACACUUUAAGUACCAGAAUAUAAUGGCCUGACUUUUUUGAGAGGCUGAGUUGCUUGUGGCUCCCUUUGACCUCAGCAGAAGUUGCGUGUGCUUGAGUGCCUCUGAAAAACCGGUAACUUACUUUAAGUGCCCAAUAUUAGGACACGCAGGUUGGGAAAUAUCCCAUCCCAGGCGUUUUGGUGAUUCUAUAGGUCCUGCUUGAUAGGCAGGAUGACUAGGGUGCUGAGCACCAAACCGACAUCGUUGGGAUUGAGCGAUUCAACCCAAGUGCUGCCUUAAGGGCUCCAUAGUCUCCUUCAUUCUUUCUGCAGCAGUCUUAAUUAGCGCUAAGAAGCUGUUCUGUCUCAAACCCUUUUUUUCUGGAAGGCUGUGGGUUGGUUUGGCUUAUUGGGGAAGUGGAGAAUUGAGACUCCUUGGGGAAGGGUGAAAAAUCACUAUACCAACUUUAGACAUUGUCAGACUCUCUUAGCCAUUGACCCCCAGCUCAAUAAUGUGACACUAAAAACCUGACUUGAGUCCCAGAAAGGAAGUCAUUGCAUACAUUGGGGCAAAUAUAAUUAUCUACCGUUGGCAAUGAUUUCAUAGAUUCCUAGAAUGUAGGCUGGAAGGGACCUCAAAAGAUCAUUGGGUCCAGCCCCAAGUAAGUAAUCAAGCUUCUCACCUGUUGGAUUAAGGUCAUUACUACAAAUCUUAAGGUGCUCGUCACUAAAGCUAUCAGAGAAAUGCAGAGUUUCCAAGGGAAAAAGGGCCAGAAACACUGAGAUAAAGUCUGGUCCCAAUUCCCCUGCUGCCCAGGCAGGGCUGAGCUUGCUCUGUUCUGUGCCACUGCAGCGCUGUGAUGGAGGUGAGAGGACAAAUCCUGGGGCUAGAAUUAGGCCAGAAAAAUGCAUAAUUCCUUUCGGUUCUUAAAGCCAAAUUGCGAGCCCUAUUCAGCACACCGGAAAUCUCUUUAGCCUGUUACCUUGCGACUUACUAGUUUCCUUACUAUCCUGUAGAUCCUUCUAUCAAAUGAACAGUAUUAGGAAGGGGGCUGGGGUGGGAAUGUAUUUGCCCCUUCAGCAACCCCCUUGUCCCACUGCCAUCUUUCUCUACCCCUUCUCCCCUGCUGUGUUGGUCUAAAUGAUUAUGAAUCCCUGAGCUGUAGAUGUCAAAAGUAACUAUGGAAUGUGAUUAGUCCUCUGUGGGUGCUUUCUUUCUUUCUUUUUCUCCUCCUCUCUUUUUCUGUCCCCUUCUCCACUCUUUCUUUUCUGGCUAAGUGGAAAAGGUGAGGACAAAGACUUGCCGCUUGCUUGGACUCAUGAUGUAUCUGUGACUGCGCUAUUAGCUGUCCCCUUUUCCCCCCACCCCCUUCCCCCAAUGGAUCUGAAUUUGAAGUGUGGCAUACCCUUCCUGAUAAGUAGGUUUUAAAAAAAACAAAAACAUAAAAAAAAAAAUUACUGCACACUGUGGUACUGUUUCCUAGUUCUAGGUGGUUGUGUCCCAGAGUUCCUGUGGUUCUGUGUUUUUAAAAGGAAAAAGUGAUUGGUUACUAAAAUCUGUCCUUUUUCAUUAUUACAAGCUCUUUGUUUUCCAACGCUCUGCUGCUGCUGGCUCCUUCUUCACCG